UCCGCUCCAAGCCGCCCGGGGUCCCUAGCGGCGCGCGGGCGCGCAGCGAUGGCGGAGGCGGUGGAGCGCACGGACGAGCUGGUCCGGGAGUACUUGCUCUUCCGUGGCUUCACGCACACACUACGACAGCUGGAUGCCGAAAUCAAAGCGGACAAAGAGAAGGGGUUCCGGGUGGACAAGAUCGUGGACCAGUUGCAACAAUUGAUGCAGGUGUAUGAUUUGGCUGCUCUUCGGGAUUAUUGGAGCUACCUGGAACGAAGGCUCUUCAGUCGUUUGGAGGACAUCUAUCGACCUACCAUCAACAAACUGAAAACCAGCCUGUUCCGCUUCUAUCUUGUCUACACUAUCCAGACAAAUAGAAAUGACAAGGCACAGGAAUUCUUUGCAAAGCAGGCCACGGAGCUCCAGAACCAAGCUGAGUGGAAGGAUUGGUUCGUCCUGCCCUUCUUGCCAUCCCCAGACACCAACCCCACCUUCGCUACCUACUUUUCCCGCCAGUGGGCCGACACUUUCAUUGUUUCUCUGCACAACUUCCUGAGCGUCCUAUUUCAGUGCAUGCCGGUUCCUGUGAUCCUGAACUUUGAUGCUGAGUGCCAGAGGACCAACCAGGUCCAAGAAGAAAAUGAGGUUCUGCGUCAGAAGCUUUUUGCAUUGCAAGCUGAAAUCCAUCGGCUGAAGAAGGAAGAGCAACAGCAGGAAGAAGAAGAGGCCGUAGUCCAGCACAAACUGCCACCUUAUGUCUCCAGCAUGGACCGCCUUGGGGACUCGGAGCUAGCGCUAGUGUGCAGCCAGAGGGCCGCCUCCCUCUCCCAGUCGCCUCGAGGGGGUUUCCUGUCCUCAUUGCUGCCUCAGGGUAAGAAGAGCCCUUCAAGAUUGUCACCUGCCCAAGGUCCUCCUCAGGCCCAGAGUUCAGCCAAGAAAGAACCCUUCAGCAGUCAGGCUACCAAGGGAAAGGACCCAGUGCCUGGGGCCAAGGAUGGCAAGAGCCUUCCGAGCGGGCCAGUUUCUGGGGAGGCCAGCUGGACACAUCAGCGACAACGGCGGCUGCAGGACCACGGGAAGGAGAGGAGGGAGCUGCUCUCUACCUCCUCCUCCCAGUGUACAGAGAAGAAGCCGGAAGGCAGUGGCCCAGAGGCUGAGCCCUGCCCGGAGCUCCACAUAGGGCCAGUAGAGUCGCUGGCCCGGGUGUCCACAGCAGGCUCUGAGGGAGGCCACUCCGAGCAGCCCUUCAUAGUGCUGAGCCAGGAGGAGUAUGGGGAGCACCAUUCAUCCAUCAUGCACUGCAGAGUGGACUGCUCUGGUCGGAGAGUUGCCAGCUUAGACAUAGAUGGGGUCAUCAAGGUGUGGUCCUUCAACCCCAUCAUGCAGACCAAAGCUUCCUCUAUUUCUAAGUCACCACUGCUCUCUCUGGAGUGGGCCACCAAGCGAGACAGGCUGCUCCUGCUGGGCAGUGGUGUGGGGACUGUGCGUCUUUACGAUACAGAAGCCAAGAAGAACCUGUGUGAGAUCAACAUCAACGAUGACAUGCCCAGAAUCCUGUCUCUUGCCUGCAGCCCCAAUGGGGCCUCUUUCGUCUGUUCAGCCGCAGCUCCGAGCCUCACCUCCCAGGCGGACUCCCCGGAUAUCGGCAGCAAAGGCAUGAACCAGGUUCCUGGCAGGUUGCUGCUGUGGGACACCAAAACCAUGAAGCAGCAGCUUCAGUUCUCACUGGACCCAGAGCCCAUUGCCAUCAACUGCACAGCCUUCAACCAUAAUGGGAACCUGCUGGUCACAGGGGCAGCUGACGGUGUCAUCCGGCUCUUUGACAUGCAGCAGCACGAAUGCGCCAUGAGCUGGAAGGCCCACUGCGGGGAGGUCUACUCCGUGGACUUCAGCUGUGAUGAGAACGCUGUGUACAGCGUGGGCGAGGAUGGCAAGUUCAUCCAGUGGAACAUCCACAAGAGUGGCCUCAAGGUGUCUGAGUACAGCCUCCCUUCAGAUGCCACCGGGCCCUUCAUCCUGUCUGGCUACAGCGGCUACAAGCAGGUUCAAGUUCCCAGGGGCCGGCUCUUCGCUUUCGACUCAGAAGGCAACUACAUGCUCACAUGCUCUGCCACAGGGGGCAUCAUCUACAAGCUGGGCAGUGAUGAGAAAGUUCUGGAGAGCUGUCUGAGCCUGGGCGGCCACCGGGCCCCUGUGGUCACCGUGGACUGGAGCACUGCCAUGGACUGUGGGACGUGCCUCACGGCCUCCAUGGAUGGCAAGAUCAAGCUGACGACCCUCCUGGCCCAUAAGCUCUGAUGUCCUGCCUGGAGUGUGAGGUGGAAACAGAAUUGUCCCUGACGGAAGAAAGAUGCAACAGGGAAGACCAGGACAGCGCUUCUCGCUCCGCACUGCCAGGGCUGUGGCUCUCCAGGGAAAGACCAGCGAGGGAGCCCAGCCAUCCAGAUGCAGUUCCUGGAGUAGAUACGGAGCGGGCUGCAUAUGCUUCCUGGAGACCUGAAUCGUGGCUGGAGCACAGCAUGCCACAGAGCACAGGACGAGUGCUAAGAUGUUCACAGACCAAAAGGAAUCGACAGUUUUUUGUAUAUAAUCAUUUUUCAUUUUUAAAGGGGAAAAAUGAGA